AUGUUACCUCCAAGAACAGACUUGGCAUACGAAGUCUUGAGGUGGGAAGCUAAAGAUGAAAAUAAGUGCAGCCAGUUGGUAGUUGCUUGGACAACACUUCACCAGAUUCAAAACAAGACUUCCACUUCCAUCCCGAUGGUCAUUCAAUCUAAUUCAUCAAAAUCACCUAUCAAAACAUCUACUGAAUCUAGGCUUCUACUACGAUCAUCAUGGGGUGCAUCUUUACCUUCAAAUGUUCCGGAUGACUCACUGGAUGAUGAGAUAGCGAAGAUAUUGUUAAAGGAAGCUAAAGAAAAAGAAUCCCGAUGGAAUGCGACGUCUUCAAUCGGAUUUUCAUCUUUCCUGAAGCGGGAUGAGUCAGAGUCAAAGACUGGCCCUCGACAGACAAACAAAAGGUUCUUGAAAUCUGUAAUUAGAGACGUCAAUGAUCACAAUAGGAGUUUACUUCACAAGAAUUCAGAUCAUAAUUCUAUUGAGAACUCUGAGCAAGAGCAUCAACGUCUACGAGACUCCGGCCGGAUCCAACAAUGGGAUAAACGACCCUCUUCUCCGAGAUCUUCAUCAAGGAACGAUGCACCACACCGGAGUCAGACCACUGUAUCAACUACCAAGGGUGAUCGUUCAAGCGGCAAAGUUCGCGGUGUAGACUUGGAGCGAUUGAUACUUCAGGGAGGAAGGAGCUCCAAAGGUAAGGAACGCGCUAUAAGAUCGGAGGAGGAUGUUGAUGUUGAUGAACAGGAGGAAAUGAGGAGACUUCGAGCUACUAAGCGCGGUGGGCAUCGCGAUGACCGUGAAAAGGCUCUUCGCCGGGAACUUCUCAAAGCCCGUGACCCGACGCUUCCCACCAGUCAAACAAACAGGCCAACCUCCGUUUUGGGCCAGAAAGAAGAUCCGCAAGAAACUAACGGACUCGAAGCUUCCAGCUCAACAGUUGCCCAACCGAGCUCGAAAAUGGACAAAUAUUUCUCGCCAGCAUAUGACCCUCGUCUUGAUAUCUCACUCGAAGAACUGACCGAUAACAAGACUGGUCUGAUCGCAGAAGGAGUCUAUGACGAUUGGGAUCAAAUACUGAAACAAUUCAAAGAUCAAAAGGAACAAAAGAGAAGAGAAAAGGAACGGGAGUCCGAGGAACGUCGUGAGCGAAAAGAACGACGAAGAAAACGACGAGAAGAACGAACGCGUAGACGUCGCGAACGAGAGAAACAAGAAGGUGGCAGUGACAGUGAUGAACAUCCGAAGAAAUCGAGAAGAUCAAGAGCGUAUACUGACGCAUGCGAAGAGGAAGAGGAUUACAAGUCACGUCGGUCUAGGCGUAAGCGGGUCAAGCGAUCGUCCAGUCACAGUUCUUCCAGUGAGAGUAGUGAUCAGAAUAUCUAUAAGACGACUCAUGCUCAACGAACGGCACGGAAAGAGCUCGGUUUGAUGGACAUUGAUGGCUACGCCAAACGUGGCAAGAUCCGUGAAUGGGACCUUGGCAAGGAAAACCCCACUUAAUUUUUGUUUGAUCGACUUUUGCCACUUUGAUACCAUCAGUUUUUGCUAUUAUUCGCCAGUUGUAAAUGGCUUGUAUCAUCAUUUUCAUUCAUUCAUGACUUUCGCGUCUCACUUGUGGUCACUGAUCCUGUAAUUCAACUUUCGCGAAGGACUAUGAUUCAUAAGUCACAGGAAGGUAGAAGCUGUGAUUGGUUUUCGUAUAAUAAAUCAAUGUCAUUUAGCUUUGGGUGUCUUUGUCGCGCUGUUAUUCAUUUCAGUGCUGCAAGUCUUUGUAAAUGCCACCUUGUCACAAUCCAAGCUAUCAGCUGUUGUAUAAUUUGAUUCUCUUGUUGGAAUGAGCUC